AUGGGGUGCGGGUCAAUGCUCACUCCCAUCAUUGCCCGUUUUACGCGUUCGUUCUUGAUCAGGUCCAUUUGGGCGAGGUUCUCGAUCAACUCCGCGUUGGAGGAGCCGGAGCAGUACCAGGCCAUGGAGAAUCGUCUUGCGGGGAUUGUUCUGGUUAGGAGUCUGGAUAGGUGUGCAGGCCUGAUGAGCAUGCAGUGGGCAGUGGUGUUCUCUAUUGGACCAUGGUUAUAUAUCGCUUAUUCUAUGGAUAUCUUAUUGGUGUAUUUGCGUGUUUAUGGUGUUAAAUGCUGCUCCAGUGGGUAUCGCCAGCUGGAUAUCUCUGGAUAUCUGCUUCUGAAGUCCGCAUGGCGCCAAGAUGAGCAGGGGGGUUCAGGUUUGAGUGGGGAGGGUAAAGAAGUGGGGCAUUGCUUAGUCACACCAAAAACGCGGAUUCAAGAUCGAGCGCGAUGCGACCAGCACAGAGAACAGUGGACUGCCUCGCCAGUCACAAGAAAUAUGGAGCUAUCAGAACCCGACCCAGACAUCCACGUUGAUGUAGACCUUAUGAUACUGGACUAUCUGCUCUGCAUGACGCUGGAGUCCAUCCUCUCGACUGGCCAAGUGCGGACCGAAGAGAACGGAGAACACAAUAGUAUUGACUCCUCCAUUGCGACGAUAUACGCGUUCAAGCGUCUCAUUCCCGACCCCGCGCUCAUACCGGAAGAUAUACACACCAAACUUAAGAUUCUCGAACUGGCCGAUGAGAUUCGUCGAUGCGCCUCCCCAGCAGAAAUUCUACGCGACUAUGUCCCCCUCUGCCGUACCAGAUACCCGCGACGACGAUGGGUUGGGUGCGAUAACUGCAGCCAAAGAACCCGGAAUCACACUGCGAGAGGGCCUCAAUACACAUAUCGCCAUGACGGAAACAGCCCCGAAUGA